UGCCGCCGCGAUGCCAGGCUGCUGGGCGCUGCUGCUGGUGGUGCUGGGGGCGGCCGCGGGCCUGCCCGCGCCCCCCACCCUCACCUACCCCCAGGUGCUGGCCCAGGCCGUGGACACCUUCAACCAGCGCCCCGAGGUGCAGAACGUCUUCCGGCUGCUGAGCGCCGACCCCGAGCCGGCGCCGGACAUCGAGCUGAGCAGCCUGCGGGGGCUCAACUUCACGCUGAUGGAGACGGAGUGCACGCCGGGGACCCGCAUCCGCCUCGACGACUGCGACUUCAAGGAGAACGGGGUCAUCAAGGACUGCGUGGGAACGGUGCAGGUGCUGCAGGGCUCCUCCGAGAUCAACCUGCGCUGCGCGGACGCCUCCUCCGACCCGACGCUGGUGCAGCGGGGCCGCAUCGGCCGCUUCUUCAGCAGGCUGCGGCGCUUUCGGCCCACGGUCCACAUCGACGUCCACGUGCAGGGCAGCGUCCGCCUGGGCUGAGCCAAUAAACCAGCGCAGACAUCGCC